AUCUGCACGCGAGGCAGGCCGCGCGCAACAGUGCGCCGAAAACCAUCGCACUGUCGGCGCACUGUAACUGUGACGAUGAUGGGACAACCUCCUUUGAUUCCGUCACCAUCGUCAACCAUUACGCGCUUCACCAAUCCUCCACACGCGCCAUGCCGCGAUGCCGCCUUCCGACGCUGCCAACCGCAACGCGACGCGUUGGGCGAUCCGUAUAGUGCCUAUAUUCAUCUUUGGCGCAUUUGGCUUCUCCGCAUAUGCCGUCGUUGCGCAUCUGUGCGUGAAUUAUCUGUACCGUCAGAAGUACCAGUAUGGGACGGCGAUAGCGCUCAUUGUGCUGUACGCAGUUUUCUAUCUGCUCACGCUUUGGUCCUACCUGCGAACAUUAAUCAUUGCGAACACCGACCCUGCCUUCGUACCAUAUACCGAACGUCGCGAAACCGCCGAGAAGGAGCGAAAGGCUGUCAAGGCAAAUAGGAAAGCAAAGGGGGGCGACAUCGAGUCCCAGGAAAGUUGGCUGCCGGCCGAUACGGACCCUGACAGUCCCGGACUCGAGGCGUUCUACAGCAAGGACGUCUUCAUCUGCGAGUCCGACGGACGUCCGAGGUGGUGCUCAUUAUGCUGGAAUUGGAAGCCGGACAGGGCGUCGCACUCGAGCGAGCUGGAGCGUUGCGUGCGCAAAAUGGACCACCUUUGUCCAUGGGUUGGAGGCAUGAUUUCCGAAACAAACUUUAACUUUUUCACGCAUUUCACAUUCUACUGCACUCUUUUUCUUUCUGUUUGUUUGGGAGCGGCGGCGUACUGUUUGCGACUGCAGCAAAAAGAAGGGCGAUCACUGGACGGCAUAAUCGUAGCAGUUCUCGUCCUUGCCGGCUUGUUCGGGUUUUUCGCCUUUGGCAUGACAGCAACAUCCGCCAGGUACAUCUUUCAAAACAUCACUAAUAUCGACGUGCUUCGCCAAGACCAGCAGCAAUACCUGGCUAUCCGCGUGCCUCUUGAUAGCCCUUCUACACCAACAUACUGGACGGUAACAUACCCUCUGACGACUUCAACUCGGGCGCCUCUCGGUCGGAAUGGCGAGCCUCCGCCACCUGCGGAUGGGAGGGCAAAUGUCCCAAGUGAAUCAAAACCCACGCCGCCGAGCGCAGCAAAACGGGAUGCGGCUGCGCGCAGAACAUUUGCACUCGUGAAGACGGAACUUGGGGAGAACCCAUUCGACCUGGGCCCAUGGCGGAAUUUCAAGUCGGUAAUGGGCAACGGCCCACUCGAGUGGCUACUACCAAUGUGGCAUUCACCAUGCUGCAACCAUGACAGUAUACACAGCGAUUACGAGUUUGGGCCGUUAAUUGAUGAGUUGCGGAAGCGAUACAAGCUCCCAGCAACCGACGAGAACGCCGAGGCGAAUGGAGGCUCAUAAACAGUAGCUUCAAAUACUAUAAUGAUAAUCUUGGGUAAUCAAAUACUCUUCCUGUACG